ACUUCUGAUAGCAAAAUGAAGUUUGAGGAUAUUCUGUUGGAAAUCAAUGGGUUUGGACGAUUCCAGAAGUUGCUACUGAGCCUUAGCUUUCUGGGACGUUUCACUUUACCUUGUCACUUCAUGUUAACCAACUUCAUAGCGGCAGUUCCUUCACAUCACUGUGACAUCAGUGGUUUCGAUACUGAGGGCGUCUUUGGGAAUCUCACUGGUGAGCAGAGACUGAUUGUCAGUAUUCCAGCAGAGGCAGAUGGGACACCCUCGUCCUGUCUGAUGUACUCAGAGCCCCAGUUCCACCUGCUGUCCAACUCUUCCAACGCCACUGACCUUCCCACAGAACGAUGUCGGAAUGGAUGGGCGUAUGACAACAGCACUUUCAAAAGCACCCUGGCCUCUGAGUGGGACUUGGUUUGUGAGAAGAAAGGGUUGAAUAAAGCCACAACCACCAUUUUCUUCAUAGGGGUCAUGUUUGGAGCUGUUACUUUUGGAAUUCUAAGUGACCGGUAUGGGCGCAAGCCAAUGCUAUUGGUCUCAUAUGUAUCAGGGAUGGGCUUUGCGUUGAUCAGUGCUUUUUCCAACUCCUACACAAUGUUUGCUGUGCUGAGAUUCCUUACUGGUUUUAGCAUCACAGGCAUCGUCAUUAUCUCCUCAGUGCUUAAUGUGGAAUGGGUGGAUAUUGGAAGCAGAAAGUUGGUGGGUGUGGUUGACAGCCUUUCAUGGACGUUUGGGGGAGUCAUUUUCCCUCUCAUUGCAUAUGGGGUUAGAGACUGGAGGUGGCUCACCAUUGCCGUGACCUUCCCUCUUAUUCCAGCCAUCAUUUCUUGGAGGUGGUUCCCAGAAUCAGCAAGAUGGUUAAUUGCCAAUGGGCAGCUGAAGAAGGCCCAGUAUUACCUUCAGAAAGGUUCCAUGAUGAACCAGGGAAAGGUCACCUCAUCAACCAACACAGAGAGUCUUGCCUUAAUUGUGGUGACUGAAAAAGGAAGAAGAAAGUACUCGUAUUUGGAUCUAGUGAGGACUCCCAAGAUGAGAAAACUGGCAAUGUUAACAGGCAUAACAUGGUUUGGUGUAGCUUCAACAGCCUAUGGGAUUGGUUUUAAUAUCACAGGCUUUGGAGUAAAUGUGUACCUCACCCAGUUCAUAUAUGCUGCUGUUGAACUUCCUACCAAACUCUCUGUGUACUACCUACUGGAAAAGUUUGGUCGUCGUAAGACUGAAGCUGGAUCCAUCCUUCUCACAGGUGUCUGUCUUGGCAUCAACAUAUUUAUAUCCAAAGACCAACGAGUGGCUCGGACCAUAGUAGCAGUUCUGGCUAAAGGUUUCUCUUCAGUGUCUUUUUGUACAGUGGUUCUGUACACCUCAGAGCUCUACCCCACAGUAAUCAGGCAAAAUGGAUUGGGGUACAGCUCCUCCCUGGGACGGCUAGGUGUGGCUGCAGCUCCUAUGAUUCUGCUCUUGGAGGAUGUUUGGACCAGCCUUCCCCAGAUCGUCCUGUGCUCUAUUGCUAUUUCCACCAGCCUAUUCGCCAGCUUUCUACCAGAAACACGGGGCAGGUGUCUCCCAGAAACCAUUGAGGAUAUUGAAGGAAAGAGGUACUCCCGUCACCCACCAUUUGAGCAUAGCUUAACAUGA